AUGGCGGACACAGCAGCGCCAGAAGGCGAAACGCCCAACCAACGUACCGCCCGUCUGCGCCGUGAGAAAAUGCAAAAGAAGAUGGCAGAGCAAGGCGAGGAGCGACUAGCCCGCAUCAAAGCCCUCAACGGCGGCGUCGCACCGCCCGCAGAAGUGCUAGGGGGCCCUGCUGCCCCUACACAACCACAGCCAGGAGUGCGAGCGAACCAAGCAAGCGUGGACGACCCGGACGAGGUGGAUAUAGACAGCAUACAGAGACCACCUAGGACCAGCUCGUUAGAUAACCCUCUCAUGGCGGCGAUGAUGAGCGGACAAGGGCAGGGUGGGCAACGCCAGCAAGCAGGUGGUGGUGGAGGUGGAGCGGAGGAGGAGGAUCCGAUGAUGAAGAUGAUGCAGUCACUCGCCGGUCUCAUGGGCGGAAACCCCAAUGAUCCCAACGCACCACCUCCCGACGUCCCUCCCGCUCUCAAAGCGCUGCUAGGUGCCGGAGCCGCGCAGAAGGACGCGCAGAAGUCGCCGGAGACGAGUAGCGCGUACGUGUGGCGGAUUACACAUGCUAUCUUCGCCCUUAUACUUGCGAUGUACGUCACCACAACCAGUACAUUCACCGGGAGCCAGCUCGCGAGGACACAGUCGAAGUUCAUGGCUACGGAGAGCAGCUCUGUGCUAGGACCGAGGCUAUUCAUCCUGUUCACAUCUGCGGAAUUGGUGCUGCAAUCUACCCGCUUCUUUCUCGAAAGAGGCCAGCUAAGUGGCAGCGGAUGGCUGGCGACGAUAGCGAAUUCCGGCAUGGUACCAGAGCCGUACGCGCAAUGGGUGCGGACGGCGGGACGGUACAUCGCCAUUGCGCAGACCAUCUUCGCGGAUGCGAUGGUGAUCAUCUUCGUCUUGGGCGUAAUGGCUUGGUGGAAUGGGUCUGGUGCAGUCGCAUGGUAG